AGAUAUUAAUUUAUUAAAAUCACGAAUUGUUUCAAAUGAAAAUUUGGAAAUGGUGGGAGAUGCAAUAAGAAUAUUUAGAAGUAAUGCUGAAGUUGAUUCAUAUAAUAGAAUAGUAUUGGCUAGUCUUAAUACCGAAGGUGCAAUCGCUAAUGCAUAUAAUUUUUGUGUUGGUGAUGGACUUGCAUCAAUAAGAGAAAAAGUUUUAGACAACGUAAAGAAUUUGAAAACAACUGAAACUUACGGUUUACCACUUAAAAUUGAUUUGAAAGUGGGCGCUAAGUAUAUGAUGACAGUGAAUAUUGACACUGAAGAUGGAUUAGUAAAUGGCGCCUGUGGAAAAUUGAUAAUGAUUGAUUAUGGAAAGCUUCAAAAGACUAAUGAGACAGUACCAUGUAGACUAUGGAUUAAAUUUAAUGAGGAGAAAACUGGAAGAAAAGCUAAAGCUAACUUUCAUAAUGUAAUGCGAAAUAGAAAUAUUGAUCCUAGUCUCACACCAAUUGAACCAGUAACACGGUAA